AUGAUAAAAAAAACCCUUAACCCCCAACUCGUAAAGGGGGAGUACUUGGCACGGAGGUCAGUGAAACGUGUCUACGAGGACCCUGUGGAAGACCAGGCAACCUUCCACAGUAGCCUAUUUUGGCAGCCUUCACUGCGGUACGCUGCACUGCCGCAGUGCGACUUUUAUAUCAUGCAUACUCGUGGGAAUCAUAUGGAGAACCUCAAAAAACCAAACCGACUUGAUACAAUGGACAAAACAAACGCAUCGGAAACAGCAACAAUGGAGAAUAUGGAAAACUUAAAACAAAUAUGGCAUUAG